CCAGAUGGCCCCUCUUAAGGUCUUGUUUGGAUACAUACACAUGUAUGUAUAUCAAACCAAAGUAUUGAAAUAGAAUUUAAUUUAAAUCCACUUUAAUACAUAUGAAUUGAGAGAAAUACAUGCAUAUCCAAACAAACCCUCUAAUUUUUUUUCCUAACAGUACUGGCAAUGGUAGGAUCACUGCCUGAACUAAAGUCGGCAAAGCAACCAGACGCAAAUAACACGAUACAAACAUUCGAUCUGACAGUCCUAAAGAACCCAAAUCUCCAACCGGAUCGCAGCCGGGGGCAAGCCAUAAACAUUACCAGCAGAUAUUCAAAUCGGAUUCGGUUGGGAGUUGGGACCGGAUUGGCCGGAGAGCAAUCCGACUGGAGGUGGAAGAGAAAAUUUGAACCGAAUUCGGAUCGUCGUAUCGGAUGGCAGUCGUCUAUAAUAAUUUCUGCUAAGCUGUCGCGAGCAACGACGACAUGAUGGCGGUGGAGAAGCUUGUGCUGCUCGCGCAAGACGACAAGACGGUAUCCCUGACCAUAAUCCCGGCGGCCGCGUCAGAGGCAGCGGCCACUUUCCGGCUCAUCGUCGAGCAGAGGUACCGCUGCGGCGGCGCGGGAGGCCACGACGACGAGGUCGACACGAUGGAGGACGUGGCGUGCCGCGUCCCCGUCGGCGAGCUGCUGUGCGCCGCGGCGGCGGCGGCGGUCGACCGCGCGUUCGAGGACCUGAUGGCCAGGCUCGACCACCCGACGCUGAGACCGGAGGUCGCACCGGCGGCAAGGGAGGCGGCCGCGCGCGUCCGGGCAAGGUACGCGGAGGAGUGGGCUCAGCUCGGCGGCGUCGAGUUCCGCCUCUGCGUCGAGUUCGUCGACUCGCUCGAGCCCGAGGAGGAGACGGGGAGCGACCUGGAGCUCGACGAGGAGUCCUGGGAGCGCGGCUGCUGGUCCGACGGCGGCGACGGCGACUGCCGGCUUGACCAGGACGCGGCCGCCCCCGCCCUCAUCAGCGACGACGAAGACGGCACCGGCGCCCAGUUCUCGGCGCGGCCGUACGGCGGCGCCCUCGCGCGGGACGGCGGGCCGAGCGACGGGACGCUGCUACUGUCGGGGUUCGAGGCGCGCGCCGACGGCCCCGAGAUCGCGGACCAACACGAGCUGACGUCGCGGGACGUACAGCGCCUCGUGCGCCUCGCGUUCCGCGGUGGGGACGUGGAGGGCGACGACGCGUACCAGCGGGCGCUGGACGCUGGCGCGCCGGUGUCUCGUGUCACGCGCGCCGUGAUGCUCGACCAGGGGUUGCGGUCGGCGACGGCGACGGCGACGGCGAGGAGGCAGCAGCCAACGUCGCCAAGAGGGAUGCCGGCUCGGAUGCGCACGGGAUGGUAGGGAUGCACGCUCGCACGGCGACACAAGCAGCGGCAGCGUUGUCUAUGGGUUUCUUCAGCUUCGCAGCGACGGGUUUGCAUGGGAGCUAUUUUUUCUUCCCCCUCAUCGGUUUUCAUAAUAUUCGGGUCGGCCUUUUUUUAACAAACAGUGUCAAGUUCAAUGAUGCAUCUCCAAAGUAUGCAGUGAACUUGUCUGCCCAGCAACAAAAUCGUUUACCUCCAUCGAAAAUAUAUGUUCAUAUGUUCAAGUCAAAAGUUCUAUCUUUA